AUGGUCAAGCGAUCCGCAUCGUCAGAAGCAAGUAGUCCACCUAAGAGACGUAGACGAUCAUCAACCACUUCGCUGAAAGAGGUAUCAACGUUAUCGCAUGCAGCUAGGGAAUAUGGACCUCAAUGGAAUGAUUGGCCUGCCCCUGCGCCUGCCAUGGAGGAUGCCAGGAGCUUCAUCAGAGAUAUAGUCGAUAACAAACGAUCGGUAUUGAUCGUUCCAGAUAAGGACGCAGAUGGACUAUCCGCUGGAACACUAUUAUAUCGUACUCUCAUACAUAUGAAGCAUCCGCCAUCACUUAUAUCGGUACAUCACCUCACGAAAGGUAACAACGUGCAUUCGGAUUACGAGAGGGAUGUCAUGGAUUCGAGCCGGGCAGAAAAAGUGGUAGUCCUAGAUCAAGGUAGCAGACCAGGAAGAUCUUUGGUACCCCCUCUACCCGAUCAGAAAGGGAAAAGGGUCCUAAUCAUUGAUCACCAUUUGUCGGAUGAGUGGCCACAAGGAUCACAAGUCUUGACUGCCUGUCGAUCUUCGCCUAUAGCUACUGCUGCGCUGUUGACGUACUUGCUGCUCAGGGAUCUGCACGAAAAGGUACAUGAGAAAGAAGCUUGGAGAGCAGUGGUGGGUGUCAUAGGUGAUCUGGGGACAACCGUACCGAAAUGGGGUACACCGCCAUGGCCUUCCGAGUUAGGAGCAGUGUUCAAAAAGCUCGGGUCAAAAGCGUUUAGCGAAGCUGUAUCUGGAGUGAAUGCACCACGUCGUACCGCGGAGUAUAAUGUACCGAAAGCGUGGGACAUCAUGCUCGACGCCCGCUCACCAUCCGAAUUAGCAUCCAAUGCAUUCUUGAAGCUAUGUAAACUUGAUGUUGCCGAUGAAACUGCUAAAUGGGCAAGGACUCCUCCGAGAUUCGCUAAAGAUGGAAGAGUGGCUGUAUGUACUGUACAUACUGGCUUUCAGAUACAUCCUGUAAUCGCUACUAGGUGGUCAGGUACUUUAGGAAGAAAGAGCAGUAAACUACUUAUGGUCAUGUGUGCAAAUACCGGAUUUCACGCGGAUGGGAGGGUAUCUUUUUCAUGUCGGAUUGCAUCGAAUCUCCGUGCGUUACCUGAAGGUCAGCAGCCGAAUCUCAUAGCGUUACUGAACGAAUAUGCAGAUCGUAUACCGGGGUUCAAAGAUAGAGUGGGAGGCGAUUACGCCAGGGGUCACAAGGAAGCUACUGGAGGUAUAAUACCUAGAGCAGAAUACGAUCUCUUACUUGAAGAAAUGGGUGUUCCGCAACCUGGUUCAAGUACGAAAUCUGAACCAAAUGUCUCAGUAUCAUCGCCUUCGCCCAAAAAGUUGAAGUCGAAAGUGAUCGAUCCGAAACAGGCUGGCGGAGGACUAGACAAGUUUUUCAAAGUCCAGACGAAACCGAAAGUGGAAUGA